AUGACUUUCAAAGGAACCAUUGCAGUUGAGGAAGCUGUCAUCAGUCCUGAUACCGCAUGGCUGCUCCAGGAGUCUCAACAAAUUUUGACACCCGGUGAUACAGGAAAACAGGCCAUCGAGACCCAUAAAGCGCGACUAAUGGAUAUUCAUGGGUCACGACUCGAUUCGAUGAACGCCGAGGGGGUCGAGUACAUGUUACUAUCCCUUACAUCACCAGGAUGUCAAGGCAUCCCUGGUCAGAAACUGGCUGAGAAAACAGCCACCGAAUUCAAUGACUGGCUGGCAAGCGAGGUGUCAAAAAAUCGUAGCCGCUUCGGAGGACUCGCGGCAAUUUCCAUGCACGACCCAUACCAAGCGGCAUCUGAGUUGGAAAGGGCAGUGAAGGAGUUGGGUUUCUAUGGUGGGAUCGUGAAUGAUUACCAACUCACUGGGACAGAUGGCAGGGAAAGAAGAUAUUAUGACACCCCUUUCUACGAUCCAUUCUGGACAAAGGUUCAGGAGCUUGAUGUGCCUGUAUAUUUUCAUCCUCGCUACCCGUCCGAGAAGGAGCUUCAAAGCAAGAGCUCUGUUUACAGUUCUCGCAUGCAUUUACUGGGAGCCGGGGUUCAGUUUCACUUGGAUCUUUCUUUUCAUAUCUAUGCAAUGUGCUCAUCUGGUAUCGCUUCCUGCUAG